AUGAAAGAUGAAUUAACUAAGUGGAUUUGCAGAUCUGUUCGUCCGUUUACCAUAGUGGCAGAUGUUGGCUUAACAGAUGUUUUACAAACAGUUUUGGAUCUUGGUAAAAAGUAUCAAGAUCUCAACAUUACUGAUCUUUUAGUAACACCAACAACAAUUUCGAAAAACGUCCAUCAGUUAGCUGAACGAUAUCGUUCACUAUUACAACCAAUAUUAAUAGAACAAGCAGAAAGUAAUUGUUUAUGUUUAUGUCCUGAUCUUUGGACUGAUAAAUUUCGCAAGGUGAAUUAUCUUGGUUUAACAGCUGUUUUCAUAGAUAAGAAUUAUGAAUUAAUUUCAAUAGAUUUAUGCUGUUGUGAAUAUCAAGAAGUAGAUAAAAGUGGUGAUUCUAUUUUACAAGCUAUUCGCUGUCAAUUGGAUUUAUAUGGUUUAACAUCAUUCAUGGACAAUAAAAAAAUCGUAUUUACUUGUGAUCGUGGUCCUAAUAUUCUCAAGGCUCUCAGAGGACAACCGAUUAUUUUAUGUUUUGCGCACCGUAUCAAUAACAUCCUUAAGAGAUGUUUCUAUGAAACAGCAAAGAAAAAAAGAAUUAUAUUAGCAUCAACAACACCAAUAAGACAACAAAAGAAAUCUAAACUUAUUAUUGAAAGUUCCUCCGAUGAAUCUUUAUCAGAAGAUGAAGUCAAAACACCGUCACCAUUGAAAUAUAUAGAAUCAAAUACUUCAUUUUCCGAAUUACCAUCAAAAGCAUGUGAAUUAGUUGAUAUCAUCACAACGAAUAUCGCACAUUCAUACAUACGUCAACAAAUCGAUGAAAUUCUUGGUUUAAAGACUGAACAACAUGAACUAUUAACUGAGCCAACAAAAAAAAAGCAUAAAUCAAUGGAGGAUCAAUUCGCAGAUCCAGAUGAUAAUAGUAAUAUUCAUGAUAUUCAUACACUUCCAACAGCAUCAUUUAGAAAUGAUGAAUUAGAUAGAUAUUUAAGAAUGAACAUAGAAGAUAUUCACAAAAUACCAAACCCAUUACCCUUCUGGAAGCAUUAUCAGCAGAAGUUCCCAUGCCUAUCAUUACUUGCUCGUCGUCUGUUUUCAAUACCUGUAACCUCGGCAGCUGUAGAAAGAUCUUUUUCGGCUGCCGGGUUAGUUGUAACAGAACGUCGGUCUUCUUUGGAUCCUCAAACUUUACAUGAUAUUCUCUUUGUGAGAUCUAUUCAAAACAUUCUUGAACAAAAUCAAAACUUUUUUUCUUAA